GGCCUUAGCACAGAAAACGUUAGUUGUGUAACCUGCAAACUUUUAUGUGAACACAGAAAUAAGUCUGUUAAUUGCCUAUUGUGUUGGUGGAGUCUUUAGCCUGGUAAAGUUACAGUCUGCUCACUUGCAAGAACUUGAGCUUGAUGGGGCUGAGAUUACUGAUGCAAGUUUGUACAGUAUCUCGCAGUGUAUGGAUCUGCAACGCCUGGGAAUCUCGUUCUGCGAGUGCUUGACAGACCAGUCACUACAAUACUUGAAGAAUUGUCACAAUCUUGAACACCUACGAUUGCGGAAAGGCUCUGACUUCACUCAGGCCGGAUUGAGUGCAUUCUUCAAGUCAGGGACAUUAGCACAUCUUCGUACCCUUAAUCUGUCUGAGUGUACAGCUAUCAACGAUAAUGUGAUGUUGGAUAUUGUGCAGUGCUGUGGCUCCUGCCUGUAUGAGCUUGUACUGAGUUGGUGUUGGAACAUCUCUGACAUGGGACUGGUAUCCAUCAUGGAUCACUGCUGCAAAUUGAUGACUCUGGAUCUGCUAGGUAUUGACAGUGUCCUGGGUGAAUGCCUGGAGAGAAUUCCAGAGGACUUGCCAAAACUGACUUACUUAGACCUACGGCAAUGCAACAAGAUCGUUGAUAGCAUAAUAAUGGACGUGGUAAGAAGAAAGCCAGACCUGAAAGUGAUCAACCCUUCUCAAAAAAGUGUGUGA